CCUUGCUCGAAAAAGAAAUACCCAGCCAUGAACCACAACGAAGUGCCCUCCGAUGAAUCGAAGGAUCCGAUGCGUGAAUCGAGAUCAGAGUCCUCCGACGAGGAUAUCAGAUGUCUUCUAGAUGGUCUCCACCUGCAAAUGUUUCACCUUAUGGAGGACCAGGACCUACUGCACUUGCUGGUCAACAAGCAGACAUGUAGAGCCGGACUAAUCCUGGCCAGGGUGAGAUUGCACCAUGGAUCUGAACGAACUUCAGCAGAGGCCCAAUUGCCCAGAGGACAACCCUACAAGGCAAUCACUCGUGUUAUUGAAACAUCGAGCCCCCACGGGAAAUACUUUAGGAUCACUCGACACCCAAUUGACCCGAUCCUUAGAUACUUCCGGCCCCUCACAACCAUCUUCGGCCGUCUGGUGCCAGAGAGCUUGAGAGUAGCGAAUCGGCAUUGGGACCACUGUCUGGAUAUGGUUGUCGAAUGUGCCAACAUCCGAAGGGAACUCCAAUCCACGAUCGACUCCAUCAAGAAGCUGCGAACGACCCUUGACUGA